AUGAAUUCUCCAAUAAUAAUUCGUCUUGAACGUGAAAGCACUGGUCGACAAUGGGGUUUUCGUCUUCAAGGUUGGACUUUAAAUCUUUUCUUUGUUUUCUUUCUUACUAAGUAUCUAUUCUAUUUAGGUGGGAGUGAUUUUUCUAUCCCAUUAUCGAUUCAACUGGUCAAUCCAAAUACUCUAGCUCAUAUAAAUGGUUUAAAUGCGGGUGAUCAAGUUAUAUCAAUCAAUGGUCGAAAUGUAACUAAUCUUACUCAUCAAGAUGCUAAAAUGGAAAUAACACGUUCUGGUAAUGAACUUGAAUUAACUGUCAUAAAAGGGGCCGUUAAUCAACAAUCCACAUCAACACCUCAAUCGUUUUCACAAAUAAUAAUAGGUCCUGUACACCAAAUGCCAAGUCCACAAGUUGUUAAACCUAAUUUUACUGCACCAAAUCAACCUCAAACUCAUCUUGGUAGUAAUCAUAAUCGAGCAGCAAUGCAAUUCGACGGACGAACGGGUAAUGAAAUGACUUAUCAAACAGAAAAAUCAAUGAAUCGACAAUCUAGUGAUUAUGCGCAAGAAACGCCUGAACAUUUACGUCCGAAAGUUUCUAAUUUUGAAUCAUCACCAGCUUAUAAUCGAGAUCCACUUCAACGUGAAGUAUGGAGACCAAAAGCAUAUCGUGACAAUCCACAAGCUUCAACUCGUCAUAUUGGUACAGCUGUUUAUCAUGCCCAAUAUAAUUCUCCAAUAGGACUUUAUAGUGAUGAUAAAGUUCUAGAAGCAUUUAAAACACAAACAGGAAAUUUAAUUGAUGAAAUUAAAGGAAAUAAUAUAUCUCCAUCAACAAUGAAUCAUAAUGAUAAUAUUCAUCAUCAACCGUCACCUACAUAUCAAGCUGUAAUGAAUUGUGAACAACAAAAACAUAUUCCUUAUUCAUCUGAAGGAAAACUUUCUCGAUCAUUUCGUGCUCUUGAACAAGAUCUGUUGUCAGUACAAGGCACAUCGCGAGCACCUAAAUCUAUUUUUGAUCAACGCCGUCAACAACAAUAG